AUGCCGCCGGCGACGACGCCGUCGUCGCCGCCGCCGUCGCUCUCGCGGAUGACGAUCUGCGGCUCCCGCGGCGACAGCCUCUCGCUCGGGCCGUUCCUCGACCGCCUUCCUCGAGAGCUGCUCGAGGAAAAGAUACUGAAAGCGCUCCCGACCACCGCCCUGACGCUCUUCGGCCGCACGUGCCGAGGCGCGCGCGAGAUGAUGAUCGAGUCCGGGGACCGCUACCACGGCGAUGGGCGCUCGCGCCCCGAAGGAUGCCCUACGUGCGGCAAGUUCUCCGUGUACGACUUCGUGACCUCCGUGCCUUUGCUCGCGUGGGCCCUAUCGAACGGCCUAAAGGUAGACGCGACUAUCUGCGGCAACGCCGCCUUCCAUGGCGCGCUUGACGUCCUCGCGUUCGCGCGCGAGAACGGAAUCCCGUGGGAUCUCGAUACGUGCGAUGGAGCCGCGCAAGGCGCGAAACUCGACGUCCUCCAGUGGGUGAUCGACCGAGGGUGUCCGCUGGAGAUGAGCGCGUGCGAAGUCGCCGCCGAGGUAGGUCACCUCGACGUUUUAAAGUUUCUGCGCGCGCGAGAUCCGCCGUGUCCCUGGGGCCCGCGCGUGGCCGCGGGCGCCGCGGCGAAUGGGAACCUCGAGUGUUUGAAAUGGCUGCACGAGAACGGGUGCGAGUGGGACGAGCGCGUCUUGAAGCUCGGGUCGCGGCACAACCACGCGGAGCUCUGCGCGUGGGCGGUCAGCGCCGGCGCUCCGGAGUGGCAUUCGGACUCGGAAGACGAGGACGACGAGGAGGAAGUCGACGAGGAGGGCGUCGACGACGUCGGCGACGAAUUCGCAGAAGACGAGGAGGUGGACGAGCUCGAGGACACCGAGGUGGACGAUGAAAACGAGGCGGAGGAGUGGUAG